ACGUGGCUGCUCAAGCUCUCUAUAAGUACGUGUAGUCGGUCAUCUUCUAUCUUCAACCCGACCAAACACAAGCCACCAAUUCAGAUUUCAGACGCACAAGGUAUUCUAGCAAAAAGAAUUCAGACGUGCAAGUGAGGGAGAUGGCGAAUCUGUUCCUGAACCAGGCGAAGCAGUAUGCGGCGACCCGGCCGGCCUACCCGACGGAGCUCUUCGAGUUCAUCGCCUCCAAGACGCCCCGUCAUGACCUGGCGUGGGACGUCGGCACCGGCAGCGGUCAGGCCGCAGCCUCGCUAGCGAAGCUGUACAAGAACGUGGUGGGCACGGACACGAGCGCGCAGCAGCUCUCCUACGCGCCGCGCCUCCCCAACACUCGCUACGUCCACACCCCGCCGGACCUGCCCCUGGAGCGCCUCCACGCGGACGUCGCGCCGCCGGGCUCCGUCGACGUCGUCACCGUCGCGCAGGCCUUCCACUGGCUCGACCUGCCGCGCUUCUACGCGCAGGCCCGCUCCGUCCUGCGCCCGGCGCCGCACGGGGUCCUCGCCGCCUGGUGCUACACCGAGCCCCGCGUCGGCGCCGCCGUCGACGCCGUCUUCUGGCGCCUCUACACCGCAUCGCAGCCGCACUGGGCGCCCAACCGCAAGAUGGUCGACGACGAAUACCGCAGCGUCGACUUCCCGUUCGACCCCGUCGAGGGGGAGGCGCACACGGGGCCGUUCGAGUUCUCCACCGAGCGCCGCAUGGACCUCGGCGACUACCUCACCUACAUCACUUCCUGGUCCGCGUACCAGACGGCCAAGGAGAAGGGCGUCGAGAUGCUCGACGAGGAGACUGUCAAGGAUUUCGCGGCGGCGUGGGGCGGCGACCGCGACGAGGUCAAGACAGUCAGGUACCCCAUCUACCUUAGGAUCGGCAAGGUGAGGCCUGCAGAAUCAGAUGCGUGAUCGAUGCAAAACGAUGAUGCAACUGCAAGACGUAUUGAUGCCGAUCGAGAAGCCUAUGCAACUGGGACCAUUUUACUUGCAUUCCAGAAAGAGAAAUUUACCAAUUGAGAAUAAACUAGUAAUCAGCCCGUGCCCGCCUAGUUAUUAUGAGGAUCAUAUGAUCAUUAAUAAUAAAAAAACCAUGUAAAUUCAUGGUUCUGGAAUAUCCAACGCUGGGAAAUUGCAAGUUAUUCAACACAACGAAUGGGAAAGCACAAUUGUUGCAUGUAUCUAUGAGCUCCAUCGCUGAUGAAGAGGAAUGCCUUUUUUUUUUCC